AUGUUGAGACGAUUAGGAAGAUCCCAAUUGAGUCAUUUCAGAUUUCAGUCGACGUUGUCGUUGGUAGGCUUCAAUAACAAGGAAGUGUCGGUCAAUUUGGAUGGAAAGUCUGUGACAUUCAAAAACACAUUCCUACGCGAUUCAUGCACUUCACUGGAAUCUGUCGAUGCUUCAACCAGUCAAAAGUUAUUUACUACAGCUGAAGCAGCUACUGAUCUUUCCAUUACCAAAGAGCCGUCAGUUGUCGACAACAAGCUCAAAAUUCAAUGGAGUAACAAUGGGAAAAUACUCAACUCAACUUACUCGGCAUCUUUUUUAAAAGAGUAUUCAACUCCAGCUGGCCCUAGAAAGGAUUUGUUUUUUGACAACGAUCGGACAUUGUGGGAUCAUAAUGAGUUGAUUUCCAAUUUGGAUUCCUUGCAUCAUGACUACGAAGCAUACUUGAAUGACGAGAAAACCUUUUUCGAUGCCGUGUUCAACAUGAACAAGUAUGGAUUAUGCUUUAUUGACAACAUCCCAAGACCAACAUUGGAUAAAAUGAAUGAGUCAAAUGUGAGCCAAUGGCCAGUGGCUAAACUAGCUGAACGGUUUGGAUAUAUUCGCAAAACUUUCUAUGGAUCCUUAUUUGAUGUCAAGAACUUGAAAUCCGAGGCCAAAAAUUUGGCUUAUACAAACACAUUUUUGCCCUUACACAUGGACUUGUUGUAUUAUGAAUCACCCCCUGGAGUACAAAUGUUGCAUGCAAUUGAUAAUUCCACUUUAGGUGGGGAAAAUAUCUUUUGCGACUCCUUUUUGGCGGCUGAACAUGUUCGUAAAGUUGACCCAGUUGCCUACACUGCUCUUACAAAAAUUCCAAUCACAUUCCAUUACGACAAUAACAAUGAAUACUACUACUACAAGAGACCACUUGUUAUUGAAGAUAAAGACAUCACUGGUGAUUUCCCCAAAAUCCAUGCUAUAAACUAUUCACCACCGUUCCAAGGUCCUUUUGAAAUUGGAAUUACUAAAAAUGACCCUGCCUAUGAUAUGUUUGAUGAUUUCAUUCGUGGAUUUCAAUUGUUUGAAAAAUUCAUCAAUGAUCCAGCAAACCACUACGAAGUUAAAAUGAAGGAAGGUACUUGUGUAUUUUUCGAAAAUCGUCGUGUGUUGCAUUCAAGAAAUGAGUUUUCUGACUCAAAUGGAGGCGAUCGUUGGUUGAUGGGUACCUACGUGGAUGGAGAUAGUUUACGUUCCAAAUUACGUAUAGGGUAUCGCAAGUUUAACUAA